CUCUAACCCAUGCUUUCAUAUCAUCACAUUCACUACCAUUUUAGCUUUCCAAUUCCUUCUUCUUCUUUAGCUUUCGCUCCUUCACCACUCUUCAUACUAGAAUGGCAUCAGUUGAGGUUGAAUCAGUUCCAGUGGCGGAGAUUGUGGCUCCAACUGAGGCACUGGAGAAAGUGGAGGUGAAGGAAGAAGUAGCUGAAGCCGAGCCAGAGAAAAUGGUGGCGGCAGUGGAGGAGCCAGCUGUUGAAGCCGAGACAAAGGAAGUUACAGCUGAAGAGACAGUGGAGGUAAAAGAAACCGAAGAAGAAGCCGUUCCAGAGAAAGAGCCGGAGGCUGUUGAGGAAGCCACCAAGGAGGAGGAGGUGGCUCCCGUCUCAACAGAAGAGGUUGCUCCAGAUGAAGCCGCCAAGGAAGAGGAAGUGGCUCCAGUUGAAGCCACGGAAGAGGUUGCCUCAGCUGAAGCCGCCAAGGAAGAGGAAGCGGCUCCCGUUGAAGCCGCGGAAGAGGUUGCUCCAGCUGAAGCCGCCAAGGAGGAGGAGGCUUCUCCGGUUGAGAAAACUGAUGAGUGAAGAGCAGCUAUACAUAUCACAAAGAAGGCAGUAUUUGAAUCUUUUAUUGGUGGUUAUGUUUUAUUAUUACCAUUAUCAUUUAUUUCUCUUUUAUUGUACUAGUACUAUCAUUCAAGUUUUCUAUCUUGGGGUGUUUGAGAGUAAUUUGAGGGGUCUGAUCAAGUCUUGGAUGAAUAUAUUUCGAGUUAUCAAAGUAGUCUGAUUGGUUUAUUGGAGUUUCAUCCUUAUAUUUGAAUUAAUAAAAUUAAGUUAUACUAGUACUUA